AUUCCUUCUUCGUUUCGACCAGCUUCAGUUAAAUUAAGUGGACUAGAAUUUCAUAUACAUACUUAGUCAUGAGCUAGUAAAAUUUGUAGGAAAUUUUGUGUAUUAAUCUUGUCAUAAUUUACAAUUCGGCAUGAAUUUUACAGCAUUUCAAUUGGCAAUUUAUUUCCUGGCGACGUUUUACUCUGGCGUGACAAUUGCGCAAAAUGUGACCACCAUCAUGGAGGAAAUUUCAACAACAAGUACGACAACAAUUGAUGCAAAUGACUUUAACGAUACAAAUCAAGAGGCCGAUUCUAUUGAGACGACGACAACGACUCCCCUUUAUAAGGAUACGUCAAAGAUAAGUGAUGUUCCAGUGGAUCAGGAAAAGGACAAAUUGAAGGAUCUGAUAAGAAAAAAGCAAGUCGUCGUCGUGGAAGGGGAGGACGAUGAAGUACUCAAACUUCCGGAGGGGUACACUAAAGAAAAGAUCCCAGCGUCGUACGAGGGCAAGAAGCCGUUCAAAGUGGCGAUUUUCAUUAAUAUUAGGGCCAUUAAUUCAAUCGAUAUGCUACACGAGAAAAUCACACUCGAUUUGGACUUGUACGAAUUUUGGGCCGAUUCUCGAUUUCAUGCAAGUCUCAAGGAUACUUCCAAUACAACAAAGAAAUCAGGAAAAGAUGCCCCAUUUGUGGUCCAAGUGCAAAAAUUGGAUCCUGAAUUUGUAAAAAAGAUCUGGGUACCGGAUUUGUUGAUUGAAAACACUGUCCUCAUUCCGCACAAUGAUUUGACAAGUCAACCCCUCGUUAGCUUUAAUAGUGAGACGGGAUUCGUGAAAUAUUCGAGAUUGGAAGUUACCAGCCCUUGUGCAAUGUCAUUCUUUUACUACCCGCUAGACACGCAAACGUGUGAAAUGACAAUUCGUAGCUACAAGCAUUUCAGUGAUCACUUGAAUUUGCACUGGGUCCACUCUGGUGUCUUCUUGGGAUCCGUAGACAAUCCAAAUUUUGCCAUAAAAGUUGAUUCAGCUACGAAAGAAAAGCGUGUAGCGAGGACCAUUAACUUGCCAAAUCUGUUGGAUAAAGUGCAUUUGGGCAACAUAAUUUUUGCUGACAAUACAUUCGACGUGUUAAAGGUGUCGUUGAAAUUCCGUCGAAAUGUAAGUUUUCACAUGGCGCAGACCUACAUGCCGUCCACCUUCUUUAUCGCAAUUACCUGGUUGUGCUUCCUACUUCCGGCUUCCUUGGCAGCGUCCCGUGUCGGCAUCACGAUGACAACACUCCUUACGAUCAACACCAUGUUCAACUCUGUGAGGCAAAGUGCACCUCAAGUGUCAUAUGCAAAAGCUGUGGAUUUCUGGAUGGGGGCCUGUACUCUGUUCACAUUCCUGUCCCUGCUGGAAUUCACGGUCAUGGCGUGGUUAGAACACGUAAAGGAAAGGGAGGAAAAGAGAACCAAAGAGUUUGAAGAGGAGGAACAUAAAGCCUUGGAACUUUGCAACUCCGCGAAGGAAAAGAUCGUUGAGGAUAAUGACGAGAAACAAGGUGACGGCUUGGUUGCCGUGUUUUCCAUGCCGAUGACGAGUACCAAAGAUCGCAAGAAGAUUAAAAGAAUGGAUCCGGACGAGCUAAAGAAGAUUUUGAAGAUUCGCAAAUUCCUAAAGAAACAUGGCCUAACCAUGUUGUGGAUGAGCUUUGUAAUAUUCAAUAUAAUUUACUGGAGUUGGAUUUGUGCCGGGUCAAAAUAUUUUGAUUGGGACGUGGAUCCCAGUUGUAAUGGAUGAUGCAAAAAAUAUACAUUUUAAGACAAUGAUAAUAAAAACGUAUGUUACUAGUAUGUUUAACUCAAUAAAUAACAAAACUUUCAUAAAAAUUGGGCAUACUAAUAACAACGUCUUUUCUAGAAUCGCAACUCAUUCCAAAAUUUUAGAAGCUCAGGAAAUUUAUGUCGGGAGAGGAUUCGCAAAAAUUCGCAAAUAUGCACCUACAUAUACAUAUUGAUGUUAUUUCCAGGGAUAGUUUUAACUUUUCUAGCUGUUAAUGAUGGGAAUGGGUUUGUGGAAUAGAUAAUUUUGGGAAAAUAAACACAUUGUCAUGUU